AUGAGCAAAGAAGACAAGGGGCCAAAGAGUCAAAGAGCUAAAAGAACAAAAUGUCCAGGAGCCAGAGAACCAGAGAGACAGAGUUCAAAGAGCAAAAGCGACAAAGAAACAAAGAGUCAAAGAGCCAAAGAGUCAGAAAGCCAGAGAGAUAAAGAGCCCAAAAGACAAAGAUCCAAAGGGCUAAGAAAAAAAGAGCCAAAGAGCAAAAGUGCCAAAGAAACAAAGAGUCAAAGAGCCCGAGAAGCCAAAGAACCGAAAAGCCAAAUUGCCAAAGAGCCAAGAAGCCAAAGAGCCAAAGAGCCAGAAAGCCAGAGAGCCAAAAAGCCAAAGAACCAAAGAGUCAAAGAGCCAAAGAAACAAAGAGUGAAAGAGCCAGAAAGCAAAAAAGCCAGAGAGCCAGAGAUCCAGAGAGCCAGAGAGUCAGAGAGCCAGAGAGCCAAAGAGCCAAAGAGCCAAAAAGCCAAAGACCCAAGGAGCCAGGGAGCCAAAGAGCCAAAAAAAAAAAAAAAAAAGAGUCAAAGAGCCAGAAAGCAAAAAAGGCAGAGAGCCAGAGAGCCAGAGAGCCAGAGACCCCAUCCUGGAACCACCACUGGUCACCAAAUGCAUGUGUCAUUCAUGCUUUCGCUCGGUGCCGUUCCCUUGGCGGUGGUUGGCACCGUGCCACAUCACAGAAAUGCCACGUGGCACGCUACGGUGUGGAUCAUCUAUAUUUAA